UCAUCACAGAUGAACUGCGCCUAUGGAUAGCUCCCCUUGACUGAGGAAAACAUUUCAAGUAGCUUUCUUCAUCACCAAACUGAUAAUCGACGUGCAUGAUAAAAUUUAGACUUUCCUCGUAUUAUUUAAAGUAUCUCAGUAGAAAAGGUUUAAAUACGCAUUAAAUAUCAUACGAUAGGAUGGAAGUUGUGGCCGUGGGGAAAAAAAAAAAAACAGCCAAGAGAGUAUCCCAUUUUUCGCGCGAAAGACUGUUCCUAAGGUUUGACGAACUUAUCAUAAUGGUAGAAGGUCCUGGCUGUAAGAUAAAAGGGGAAAAAAUAAGAGGAAAACUUUUAAAACAGAAAGCUAUCACAGUGGCAGGAAAUGCUGUUGAUCGGGAAAAAAAAGUUAACAAGAAGCAAGCUAUCGACAAGUGGGACGUAACAUCGUUUCAUCGACUGAUUGGGCAAAAUCUCCACGAGGUGCUUACGCUGGGAAAGGAACUCUUUAUGUUCUUUGGAGAUAGUUGCUUGAGAGUACAUUUUUUGAUGGCUGGAUCGUUUAGAGUCAAUGGCAAUGUACUAGACAAAGAUGGAGGAAAGGUGGCUGCCCAACCUAGCCUGGAGAUACAGUUUUCCACAGACCAUCUUUCCUUUUAUAAAUGUGCAGUGGAGAUUAGGCCAUCAUCCGCCUGUAAACAAAAAUAUGAGCUGAUGAAGGAACUGGAUAUUUGUUCAACUUCAUUCAAUUUAAAGAGAGUAGCAGCAGAAAUAAUGAGGGAAUCAGAGAGGCUGCUGUGUGAUGUACUGUUGGACCAGGACAUCCUGCCUGGUGUUGGGAACAUAAUUAAAAAUGAGGCUCUUUUUGACAGUGGAUUAAAGCCAGAUUCUAAAGUCAAAGACCUUACUGAAGAGCAUCUUUUUCAUCUAUUAAAAAUGACUCGAGACUUUUCAUUGCUGUUCUACAAGUGUCGAAGCACUGGAACGAAUCUUAGUGAGCAUAUGAAAGUAUAUCAAAAGAAGAAAUGUUGUGAGUGUGGUACAAAGAUUACUAUAACAACUUUAGGAGAAGACAAUAUGAGAGUUACGUUCUUCUGUCCUAAGUGCCAGACAAAUGACCUGAGAAAACCACACAAGCUAAAAAUUCCAUCCAAGAACAGUUUACUUGGGUGGCUGCAGCAAGGAUCAUCAUUGAUUCUCCUGAAUGGAUAUGUUCCAUAUGCACACUGCUUAAUCCUGGAAAGCAGAUCAACUGUAUUGCAUGUUUUGAACCAAGAACUGGCCAUUCAAGUAGAACACCUGACCAAAGUCAUAUUUCAGCAAGAACUGAGAGCGAAAUGGCCAAGAAACCUGUGCUUAAAAAGAGGAAGCUGAAUCAAACAGAAGGCACAGAAUCAACAGAGACUGUGGAACAAAUGCCUGGUCUUGCACAGUCGAUUUCAUCUUUCCAAGAUAUGCCAGAACCAAACUCUAGCAUGCCAAAAAAAGAGAAAGGGAUUUGUGGUAGUAAAAUUCCU